AUGUCUUCCUCCUCCAGCCUAAUCCCCACCGAGGCCCUCGUCGGCACCACCGUUGCCAUGUCCUUCAUCCUCCUCGGCAACGCAAUCACCCAAUCCUUCAUGGGCGUCCCCGCCCUCCUCAUCAACUUUCCUCACCCCUCCUCCCCUUCCCACCCCCAAGCCGCCAAACACCUCGGCCAACAAUGGCCUGUCUUCUGGCGUGUCGGCAACGUUUUUUUCCGCCCCAUCUCCACCUUUGGCAUCAUCGGCUACGGCUACGCCGCCUGGGCCAGCUAUUCUCGCUCUUUCUCCUCCUCCUCUUCCUCCACCACUGUCACCUCGGGUAGCAACAACAACAACGCAUGGAAGUUUUAUGCCAUUAGUGCCUUGUGCCAUUUGAUCACGGUCGUGCAUAGUGCGGUCAAUAUGCAGCCGAUCAAUGCCAAGAUUGAAGGGUUGAAUAGACGAGAGGGGGACAAGAACAAGACGGAUGCGUCGCUGGCCGAGUAUUAUGCUAGGAAGUGGGCGAGAUUGAAUCUAGUGAGGCUGGUGAUGCCGGCGGUGGCGGGGAGUGUGGCCUUGUGGACUACGUUGAGGGCCGGUGCCGGUGGGAGGAUUUAAGGUUAUUGAGCGAGGGAAGGGGAGAAGAGGAUCACUGGAGAUGACAACAUGCUAUGAUUUUAUUUGGGGAGAGGCUGGGUUGCGACGAGGAUUGUUCGUCAUGAGAACGACGAGACAUGUUUGUUUCACAAUGUAUUGAGACGAUAAGGAAAACAGCAGAGUGUAAUGUGUAUGGUGUAG